AUGUCUCUACCCGCCAAGUUUGGUGAGCUGCUUGCCAACGCCCGAAAGAGCGGCCAGCAUGUGGAUUACGAGAUUCGGUGUCAAGGUCAGGCAAUCAAGGUCCACAAGCUCGUCGUCGCGAUCCAAUCCUCGAUCCUGAGCCGCGCCUGUGCCGGCCCCUUCAAGGAAAACCGAGACGGCUUCUACAAAGUCAAGGACUUUUCCUUCGAGAACGACGGCGCCGAGGGGGACACCAAGUCUCUGCUGUUCCACGCAGACGUCUUCAUGUUUGCAGACAAGUACGCAAUCAAGGAUCUGCAGACCCUGGCACUUAAUAAGUUGGACAAAGUCGCCAAGUCGAGGAGCGACGUGGCGAGCGUCUUCAUGGCGCUGCCAGCGGUGUACGCGCUGGAAGGAGAGCCGCCAAAGAUGCUGCGGCAGGCUUUGGCGCGGAACCGUAAAGGCGCGUAUCGGAGCAAUAUCCUUUACCCCCGAUGCCAAGGCGGGGCUGGAGGCGGUCGCGCUCAAGAGCCCUCAAUUCUUUCCAUGGCUUUUCGAGAUGCUUUGGGAAGAAGGGCUGGAUCCCUUGCGGUGGUGUCAGUGUGGCCCUACCGCGAAAUCUUGCUGAUGUGGUGGCUCGUUGACCUUUACCUCCUUUGUGAGCUCGAGAUGUUUGGCGUCCACAGGAUCGUUCUCUGUUCACACUCGCCUGUCUUUCGAGCCGCUCUCGCAGGUCCAUUCAAGGAACAGGCCGAUGGCGUGUACGAGAUCAAGGGCAGCUACAUUUCAUGCGUGUCCCAAAUGAUCUCAUGUACACAGGCUCGUACGAAGCUCCAGUCAAAGACUCCCCCGCGACGGGAAAAGAAAGCCCCGACAUUCGAUUUCAUGCAAGAAUGGUUGCCUUGGCCGAUAGAUACCAGAUUCCGGCUCUUCACGCCCUCACUUUGA